AUGAACAGGCCGAGCUCAAGCAGUAAGUUUGUUCUGCCCUCUCGGCAACACCCAGAUGUCGUAGUUGACCCAAUGCUUAGGAUCAUAUCUUCGGCCGCCGGCAAUACAAUCAACCGGCCGAUGACAACACCGUGCGAGUCCGAAACCGGUAUGCGGCCUCUACCGCCACCUAUUCGUGGCUAUACGACAGCUAUUGUCACGGCAGCGUUGUCUACAGGCGGCGCAGCGCCAGCCGCCGCCGCUCCUCAACCUGAGAAUUCCGGACCAGGCGCUACCACCGCCCGAACUCCGCAAGGCACCGGCCGGGUCGCUCAAGGCCUUCAACAGCAGGAGCCCGUUAUCCUCAAGAUGAACUUCACUUGCCGCCAGAACCUAAAUAUGGAGCCCUAUGUGGGCAUAUGCAUCGCCACUAAAUUGUCCGCCCCGGCAAGCUUCCGGGGAUGGAUGCGUAUGUCCAGCGGAUAUACAACUACUACACGGCGUAUAUCAGCAACGACAAUCUCACCCACAAGGACGUCGACGCAAUCGUGCGCCUCAUCAUGGCGCCCGAGAACAGCAUCUUCCAGUGACUGGCAAAGCGCCUUGCUCGCAUGCAGUAUCGAGGCCAUGCUAGCCGCUACUGGCACUGGUUCGACGAAUAUGUUGCCAGCCAUCCGUGGUUGCGUGACGCGAUACAGACGGAUUUGGCAGCCUAUACCAUCCAUGUGCAAGGUGUCUUCAGCUCGACAGCGCCCAUGGCCUGGGAAAUGGCCCGGCGAUAAGGGGGUGUACUGUAGCAGUUCUUUAGCUAUUCAUCACUUCGGCCAUAUACACUUUCCGAGAUAUCUUGCUUCGGAAUCGCCUAAUGCGGGCAAUGAUGCGUGUCGUUCCAUCUUUCAGCUUCGUUCGACUCAGGGAAAGAUCUUACCAUCUUUCGGAGAGGCACACGGUGCAAACGUGCAAGUCUUUUGCCAUAGACAUAGGCGGAUGCCUUCGGGUGAUUGUAGAGGCCCCUCAUCCCACACUGCGGUCUUCUACAUCGUAACAAUAUUUCGUCGCCGCAACCUAUGUGGUAUUCCGAGAUUCUAUUCCGACGAUCCCGCCAUUCAAGAUGGCGUCCGAAGAGACAGACCUCGAAUUAUUCCCGCCUUUCAUUCCUGA